UGACAAGCCAAGUGGAUUUGGUCCGAAGUCUGAGCAACUAGUCAGAUGAAUCACGGAUCGGACUUGUUUGAGCACCCAACUCAACCAGGAAAACCCAGGUCGCGUUUGGCCUACGAGUGGACAUCAUAUGAUUUAUAAAUUCCGCAGAUGUCAAAAAAUGCGUUAAACCGAUUUUAUCCUCUGGGGUCGCACAAUUGAUUUUCCUAAGAGCCGUUGGAUUGUUUUGAUCUUUAACCGUUUGUUCUCGGACAUAGCGGCUAUAAAUAGGGGGUCUGUGACUCAUUUUUCUCGCCACAAAUUCUGCGAUUGAGCUCUCCCGAGGUCACGUCGAAGUCUUUCAGCUCACUCUUCUUUUUGUUUUCCGAGGUAGUCCUUUUUGGUGAGUUUGUGUUUUCCUAUUCUUCUUUUGUUUUUUAAUCAUGUCUAGUUCUAGCAUAGAUAGGCUUUUAAGUAGUUCUAGUGAGGUUGAGGGUGCCGUGGUGCAACCCACGGCCCCUGUUGGGGAGGCUAGCUCGUCGUUGGGUGACUCACCUUUUCAAUCUUUAGAGGAAACUUUUGUUCCCGAAGUUGAGCCAUCUCGGCUCGGGGAGACCAAGGUUCGGGAAGAGGGUCCGUCCUCUAGAACGGAGACCCCGUCUUCUUCCCGGGUUUGGGAUCCAGAUGACUUCGAUACUUCUACCCUGACUUCGGAUAGGCUAAUGUACCUAGUAGCUUGCUAUCAUCUUCCCGAUAGCUUGGUCUUUAGUCUUCCCUUAGGUCAAUAUCCUUGGUUUCAUGAUCACCAUGAGCUUACGGUCUUGGAGGAGCAGCUCGCGGCCGGGCUGUGCUUCCCACUUCACCCUUUCAUUAUAGAGGUAAUUAAGUUUUUUAACAUUACCAUCGGCCAACUACACCCGAACUCUAUUCGGAAUAUAGUUGGUACUAUCUCUUUGUUCCACAUAUACAACCGACCUUUGUCCCUAGACACCUUCAGCUUGAUUUGUGCGAUCAAGCGAAACUCUACUUGUUUGCGCGGGGACGUCAGACAAAGCUAUUAUAUCUCACCUUGCCCUGGGUUCAAAAUCCUGUUCGGCUGCUUGAACAAGGUUCCAGCCUGGAAAAGGAGGUAUUUCAUUGUCCGAAAUCCUGAAGGGUGGUCUUUUCCAACUCACUAGAGGGUAGUUAUCAAGGAUCCCGGGGUGAGCUUGGAUGCAGAAACUAGGGCAGUCAUCAACUCAUGGAGGGACCUCGGCCUUGAGAUGAAAGAUUUCUUGGCCAAGGAGAAGCUUGUGCGAGCUGGUCUGAGCCCUCCUGGUAGGUUUCCACCUUGGUUUUUUAUUGUAAAGUUCUUUUUAGCUCGCGGCUAACCUUUUUCUCUUGUAGUUAUGCCGGAGGUUGGUGCCGAGAACAUUCUCAAGAGCUCUCAGAGAGGGAAGAAGAGGAAGGCUUCGAAGAAGCUUCGCCGGGAGGCCGGUCCUUCAGCCCCUGCCCCAACCGAGGUCUUGGCCGUGGAGCCGAUCUCUACCAAGCUCCCCGAGGAGGAGGUUCGUCCUCAAUCCUCCGUAGUGGACCUGGAUGAUGACUAGGAGGAGGAUGCUCAGCCUCAUGAACCGGGGAGCACUUCUGUACCCGAGCAGGAAAGCGUCCAACCUCGCAGGCCGGAAAGCACUUCUGCAUCGAGGCCCAAGCCCUCCAAGCAGAGCAUAAUGACUCUUCAGCUCAGUAUGCGCAAGAGCAAGGACGUCGUCUUUCCUGACGAGGUUGCGGAGUGGGCUGACAUGUCUACAGCCAUGCUCAGAGCCCGAGCUGCCGGUUAUUGCAUGGUGGUGAACUUCACCAUUCAUUUGUUGAUGUGCCAGUCCGAGAUCCGUCUGAAGCGGGCUCUGGAUAUCGAGGAAAAGGCACGACAGCUUCAUUGCGAAUUGGACCUAGCUCGGGGUGAGAUACUUCAGGCCAAGAAUGGAGCACGAAGUCAGCAGGAGCAGAUCUUGGCCAUGAUUGAGGAGAAGGAGAAGCAUCAGGAACUAAUCUCCGCACUAACCGAGGAGAAAAUGAAGCAACAGGAUCUGAUCUCGACGCUGACUGAGGAGAAGGUGAAGCUUCAACGAGAGAACGCUAUCCAAGAGGUGCGAGCUGAAGAAAGAAGCCAUGCUAUCAAACGCUUCAAGGAAUCCUCGGAGUUCCAUGAUCUCUAGGUCGAGUAUGGGUUGAGCUCCUAUCAUUCCAGUUUCAAGUUGUGCAGAUACUUAGUGUGGCAGAAGUUCCCCCAUCUUGAUUCUGGAGUCAUCACUAUGUUAGGCCUUACCCCCGAGGUGGUGAAGGUGGCGAACGAAGAGUCCAACUCAUCCGAGGAAGAAAGCGUCGAUGAAGCCGAAGAGGCGGGCCCCUCGGGUCAAGAGGACGUGGAAGAGCACAUGGAGAUUGACCCAGCUAACAGUCAUCACGAGUGAUUCUGGCUUUUUCUUGUUUUCGUGUUUUGAAUGUACACCCCGAACCCACCGAGCUCAGGUUACAAUGAAAUCUCUGUACUCACACUUUUUCCUUAAUGAAAUACAAACAUUUUUGUGCAA